AAUUUUUAUCGAUUAUUUAAAUGUCACCUCUAUCAUUCCUAAUAACAUUUUAUAAUUGUUUGUCAGAAAGCGUCAAUUUUCAUCUCGCGAUAUAAACCAAGGAUAACGUGAAUUUGCUGGAAACGUGAUAAAAAUAUAGGCUUGAACCGUUUUAUUCGGUGUAGCCAGUAAAUAGAUUAUUAGAACAAUGGAAACCACUGAAAACGAAGUUUCUAAUGGAACUGUUGAACCCAUUGUUAAUGGCACUACCGCAUUAACGCUUCCUGAUAAGGUAAUAGAAUCCGAUGAUUGUAUACCGAAUCCGGAUAAUGGUGCAGAUGACUCGGCCAUAAAAACAACAAAUGAAGAAAAUCAAGAAAAUAACCAUAGCCCCAGUGUUAUUGAUAAGACUGCAGAGAACUCAACAAAAUCACGCUCACCAAGCCCUCAGACACCAGCGUCUCCAACUAGACCAGAUGCUAUUAACGAAAAAGGAGAUACUGAAAGUAUAAAUAAAAAUAGCCCAAGAACAAAAAGUCGUAGUCGAAGCCCAAACGAAAAUAAUGUGCCAGCUGAAGUUAUCACAGAAAGCAAUAGAGUUGGCCGUAGCCGUAGUCGAAGUUUGAGUGCUGCAUCUAAAGAUGGUUCUGUAAAAGAUACAGGAAGCAAAUCAAAAAAUAAGGACGGAAAUGAAAGUUCUAUAGAUCGUUCCAGAUCGCGGAGUGGAUCGAUUCGCUCUCGAAGUGGUUCAAGAAAUAGAAGCCGAAGUGGAUCAAGACAUUCUCGUAGUGGAUCUCGCCGUUCGCAUAGUGGAUCGAUUCGUUCUCGCAGCCGCUCCAGAAAGUCAAGAAGUGGAUCGCGUCCUUCGCCGACGGGUUCUCAGCGUUCUCGCAGUGGAUCUGUGCGCUCUCGCAGUAAUUCACGCCGUUCUCAUAGCGGAUCCGGCCGAUCUCGGAGUGGAUCUAGACGUUCCCGUAGUGGAUCCGCCCGAUCGCGCAGUGGUUCCAGACGUUCUCGAAGUGGUUCAAUCCGAUCACGUAGUGGUUCCAGACGUUCACGCAGCGGUUCGAGAAGAUCACGAAGUGGUUCAUAUCGCUCACACAGUGGUUCAAGACGAUCACGCAGUGGUUCUAGAAGGUCGCGAAGUGGCUCUCGCCGAUCUCGUAGUGGAUCCAGACGCUCGCGCAGUGGUUCACGUCGGUCUAGGAGUGGUACCCGUUCACGUAGUGGAUCACGUCGUUCACGUAGUGGCUCAGUAAGAUCCCGCAGCAGAUCUGGUAGUCGUAGUAGCCGAAGUAAUAGUCGCAGCCAUUCUAAGUCUAAAUCUAGAUCACGAUCUGGCUCUGUUGCACGCUCCAAAUCGAAAUCACACAGUCGCUCCAGAUCAGUAUCUAGAUCGCGCUCGAGGAGUAAUUCACGUUCGCCAUCCGUUGUGAAGAAGGGUAAAAAAAGAAAUAUUCUAAGUGAUUCUGAAGAUGAAAGUCCGUCGACUACAAAAAAGCGCGCAAAAAUAACAGAUACAGACAAUGAGGACGAAGAGGAGGAGAAAGAUAAAGUGGUUGCCGAAGGUAAUGAAGGCGAGUCCGCGCAGAAAAAAGCGAAUGAAAGUUCUGAUGAUGAAAAUAUACCAAUCGACGAUAGCCGAGAGAAUGAUAACUUCGUCUCGGACUUUGAUGCCAUGUUACUACGUAAAAAGGAGGAAAAGCGGGUACGUCGUCGGAAGCGUGAUAUUAGUUUGAUAAAUGAUAACGACGACCUAAUCGAUCAGUUGAUUGUCGGCAUGAAAAAUGCAGCAGAUGAAGACCGUCAAUUGAACAUGGAGGGCAGACCCGCAACGAAAAAAAUUUCAAUGCUUAAGAUGGUUAUGUCCCAGCUUAUUAAGAAAGACUUACAAUUGGCCUUUCUGGAACACAACAUAUUGAACGUGUUGACGGAUUGGUUAGCACCACUACCGAACAGAAGUUUACCUUGUGUCCAAAUACGUGACAACAUUUUAAGAUUACUAGCAGAUUUUCCCACUAUUGAUAGAACUUAUUUAAAACAAUCGGGAGUUGGAAAAGCUGUAAUGUAUUUAUAUAAGCAUCCACAAGAGACAAAGCCAAAUCGCGAACGUGCUGGCCGUCUAAUAUCGGAAUGGGCACGACCGAUUUUUAAUUUGAGUUGCGAUUUUAAGGCGAUGUCAAAGGAAGAACGACAAGAGCGCGAUUUAGCACAAAUGCCACGUCGACAGAAGUCGCCAGAACCGCAACCAACAACAUCCUCAAACAAGAAAAAGGGUUUAAACUCCGCCUUUGCAAAUACUGACGAAAAGCCAUUACGUCCAGGCGAUCCUGGUUGGGUAGCUCGUGCACGUGUACCCCUGCCGUCAAAUAAGGACUACGUUGUAAGGCCGAAAUCAACUGUCGAAGGAGAAAUUUCAUCGUCGACGAAGCGUAAACCAAAUCGUUUCGAAAAGCAUAUGAAAAAAUUUUUGGACGCCAAACGGUUGAAAUCGUCAAGACGUGCUGUUGAGAUCUCCAUUGAAGGCAGGAAAAUGGCACUAUAAGCUAUGUACGGCGUAGUGGUCGUAAUUAAUAUUUCUAAAGUGAUAGAAAAUCUACUACAAUAAAUUGAAUGUAUUGUCUGUCCCAUGUAUAUUCUAAUGUAAUUGUUCUACCACUCUUUAUAUGCCUAAUGCUAACUGCUAGAUAUUGCUUACUGAAGAACCCAUCAAUAGGUAUUACAACAAA